AUGAAAUAAUAAUUAGCAAAGGAACCACACUUUAAUGGAGAAUUUGAAGAUAGCGGAAGCGAGACUGAAGACAAUUCCAAGAAGAAGACAACCUUGAUAAUGAAUGUGUCAGGUGAGAAGUCGUCUAUCUUAUUUUAGAUACUCAAUAUGAUGUUGUGAAGUUUGUUGGCAAAAAGUUAUUUAAGUGGAUCUUACAAUAUGAGCCAGAUGCUACCAAUUGGGAUAUGUUUUGGACAGAUGCAGCCGUUCAACCUGAGACACUCGGAAAAAUGCAACGUAUUUUUAUAAAUAAUUCAUAGCAUACCAAAAAAUUAAUCAUUUUCCUGGAAUGUAUUCUCUUGCUCGAAAGAAUCAUCUAGGAAGAAAUCUAAUGAAGAUGCGCAAAUAAUUCUCAGACGAAUACAAGUUCUUUCCUUAAACAUGGCUAUUGCCAGCUGAAUAUGGCGACUUUAAAAAUCAAUUCGUAAAAGGAAAAGCCAGAACAUUUAUUGUCAAACCUGAAGCCAGUUGUUAAGGAAGAGGCAUAUUCCUAACAAGGAACAUCAAUGACAUCAAUCCAAAUGAUCAUUAUGUGGCUUAAAGAUACAUGCACAGGCCAUUCUUAAUCGAAGGAUUAAAAUUUGAUCUGAGAGUUUAUGUCCUAUUGGCUGGAACUGAUCCCAUGAGAAUCUAUGUAUACUAAGAUGGUUUAGUCAGAUUUGCUACGGAACCAUACGUUCCUCCCAAUUCAUCAAAUCUAGAAGACAUGUGCAUGCAUCUAACUAAUUAUGCUAUUAAUAAAGAAAAUCCAAAUUUUGUAUUCAAUAAGGAUGCCAGCAGAAUGGAUAUUGGACAUAAGAGAUCCAUCAAGGCAGUAUUUAGUAAAUUAGAAUAAGAAGGACAUGACAUUAAAAAACUCUGGUAAGAAAUGUAUGAGUUAUUUAUUAAAACCUUUUGUACUGUCCAACCAAUAUUGAGUCAUCAUUACAGGUCAUGUCAACCAGACAACUAUGCCAACAAUAUGUGUUUUGAAAUCUUGGGAUUUGACAUCUUUUUGAAUCACAAACUCUAACCCAUCUUACUGGAAGUUAAUCAUACUCCAAGUUUCACUACAGAUACUCCUCUUGAUUCCUUGAUUAAGAAAAAUCUCAUUAGAGAUACCUUGAAAUUAAUGAAUGUCAGUCUGAAAGCCAAAGAAUAAAUAAUUGCCUCCAGAAAGGAAUCUCUACAGUAGAGAGUUUUGACAGGCAAAAAAGUCAAAUUGACAAUGGAAGAGAAGAUUUCACAAAUGAAACAAUGGGAGAAGCAGAGGAAUGACUAUGAGAAUGCACAUUUAGGAGAUUACGUUAAGAUAUAUCCACUGGAAGAUUCUCAAAAGUAUGACAAAUAUAUAGAAUUCGCUUCAUCACUCCAAGACAGCUGGACUGGAACAAGUAUUAAUUUAUUGUAUCAUUUAGACAUUAAAAGAAAUUAGAAGAAAGAUAUGAAAGAAUCCUAAAUCCCUUAAUAAUAAUAAUAAUUGAUUAAGAAUAAUGCAGUCAGAGCUCCAUUCAAACCCAAUACUCCUGCUAAUAAUCUUCCUAAACUUCAAAACAUCCCAAGACCUGAAAGUAUCAAUAUUCAUGGGGAAGAUGAAUAAGUGAGUGCCAAAGUCACCAAACUAUCAAAUGUCAAAAUGUAACCCAGGCAAUAAUCUGAACCCCCUAUUUUAAGAGUCAAACAAACAGUCAAAAAGCAAAUUCAAUAAGCAAUUCCUAAACCCUGUUUACAGCCGAAAUUGUUUGAUAUGGAAUCAAUAGGAUAGGAUAAAUUUAAUAAUAAAAGACAAUAAUAUUAGGAUAUGAUGCUUGCAAAAUGA